CCCUAAAUGACCUGACGGAUCACAACCGGGAUGGCUCUCCUGAUAACAUACCACUGCACAUUGCCCUGUCCAUGAUUGGCUUGAUCCUCAUUGCACUUGGUACUGGUGGGAUCAAACCUUGUGUGUCAGCAUUUGGUGGAGAUCAGUUUGAAGAUGAUCAGGAAGAACAAAGAAGUACCUUCUUCUCUCUUUUUUAUUUGUCCAUUAAUGCUGGAAGUCUAAUAUCUACUAUAGUCACCCCAAAUCUCAGAGGUAAGGCCAUGCAUUUGUUUAUAACACGAUGUUACCCGCUAGCUUUUGGAAUUCCUGCUAUCCUCAUGGCUGUCGCCUUGCUUGUGUUUGUAGCUGGAAGCAGAAUGUACAAGAAAGUUAAACCUCAAGGAAAUGUAAUGCUUCAAGUUUGCAAAUGCAUUGGAUUUGCCAUCAAAAACCGGUUUCGGCAUCGCAGCAAGGAGUUCCCCAAGAGAGAGCACUGGCUGGACUGGGCAAAUGAGAAGUAUGACAAACGACUGAUUGCUCAGACUAAGAUGGUGUUGAAGGUUCUUUUCCUUUACAUCCCUCUCCCUAUGUUCUGGGCACUUUUUGACCAGCAGGGAUCAAGAUGGACACUGCAAGCCACAGCAAUGAAUGGGGAUUUUGGAAUUCCAGUUCAACCAGACCAAAUGCAGAUUGUGAAUCCAAUCCUGAUUGUUAUAAUGGUCCCAAUUGUAGAUUCUGUUAUUUAUCCUUUAAUCAAGAAAUGCAAGAUCAAUUUUACGCCCCUGAGGAAGAUAACUGUUGGUAUGUUCCUUGCCUCUUUGGCUUUUGUUGCUGCUGCCCUCCUGCAAGUGCAAAUAGAUAAAACGACUCCAGUUUUCCCUGCAGCUGGACAAACACAAAUCAGAUUAAUGAACUUAGGUAGUGUUUCUGCAACAGUUCAGUUUCAGCCUCAACUUCAGAGUGUGGAUGUAGCACCUAAGGAGGCGACGGACUACAUGAUAUUUAAGACUUCUCAGCUGCAAUCAUUAGAUGUAGCUUCUGGAUCACUACAGACAACUCAAUCUUUGGAGGGGCUGCUAGAGAGAAAACGUUACACUUUCGCAUUUCAAGUGUUUGGAACAGGCAUUGAUUCUGAUUUGCUGUUUGACAAUGUUACAUCGAAACCAGAAGAAGGAAAGAAUCUCAUCAGGUUCAUAAACAAUUAUGUUUCUGAUAUCAACGUUACUCUGGAUGACAAGGCUGUUGCAGUACUGCCUCCUCUUGAUGCCAGCAAUUACACCACCGUUCCAGGAGGAAAAGCGCUGCAUAUCAUUAAGGCUACAACGUCCUCAACCUAUUGUACAGUUUCAUCAAAAAAAUUUGGAUUCGGCAGUGCCUAUACAAUUUCAAUCAAUGACUGUAAUCAAGGUAUUCUUAAUAUAUCAUAUUAUGAAGAUAUUCCACCCAGUUCAGUCCAUAUGGCGUGGCAGAUCCCUCAGUAUUUUCUUCUUACAUGUGGAGAAGUAGUCUUCUCUGUCACUGGGCUGGAGUUUUCAUACUCACAGGCCCCGCCUAACAUGAAGUCAGUGCUGCAGGCAGGAUGGCUGCUGAGUGUGGCUGUUGGUAACAUAAUUGUCCUCAUUGUAGCUGGAGCAUCUAAACUCAGCAAGCAGUGGGCAGAGUAUGUGCUGUUUGCUGCCUUGCUGUUCGUAGUUUGCAUCAUUUUUGCUAUCAUGGCUACUUUUUAUACCUAUGUUGAUCCAAAUGAGAUUGAAGCCCAAUUUAAUGAGCAAGAAAAAGAAGACAAAAAGGAUGAUGACGACCAUGGAAAGGAAAUUGAUUCUAAAAUGUAGAAGCUGUAUUCGAGGAGUGUUCUUAAAUUAUGGAAUCCCAUUCACUCUCCCUGCAGU